CUGAGCGCUUCCGGGUUAGGGCGCGUGGGACGGAUUCCGAUUGGGCAGCGGUGCGGCCGCUCUGUGCCCCUCGGGCCGGGCUGCGGGGAUGGAGCUGCGGGCGCAGCUGACCGGGCGCGACGGGCAGAAGCGGCCGCUUCGCGUGCGCUGCCAGCCCGAGGCCGGCGCCGGCGGGGAGCUCCGGGGGCUGCUGCGCGGGCUGUCCCAGCUGCAGGAGCAGGUCUCGGCGCUGCUCGCGCCCCUGGUGGAGCAAGAGAGCGGGGGGCUCGCGGGGGCGGGGCCCGCCGCAGGGCCGCGGGGUGAUGUUGGGGAGGAAGAGGAGGAGGAGGAAGAAGAUGAUGAAGAAAACAACACUGAUGUCAAAACAUGUGUGGAUGGACCGCCUUUAAAACGGACAAAAAGUCAGCAGUCCUGACAAUUGUUUUUAAAGCUAUUUAAUUUUUUUUAAAAAGACUUUUCUGCUGUUGCAAAUGAUAGUGUCUAUAUUGCAUUGUUAUACCUCUGGAAGAAAUUAUUUUUGGAAACUAGACAACUGCAUUUGUAUUCCUUUUGGUUAAGUUUUAGAAGGAAAAUGCCUUUUUUUUCCUGGUAUUUAACAUUACUAAUAAAAAAACUGACAAAAAGAGA